GUUGAUAAUUGAGUCAUUGUCUAAUGUAUGUCCAUUAAGAUUAAAAGGCUAUUGUGUGAUGUCAAGGGAAUAAGUUCUAAGUAUUAAUUACUAAUUUAAUAAUUAAUAUAAAGUAAUUAUUUAAUUGUGUAUUGUCUGUGUAAGUAUUUGUGAUCAGUAAAUAAGUGUGUGAAAAAGUCUAUACUCCAUCUUACACAUAAACAUAUAUGAAUGAUGGAACAAGGUCCAAAUGAACCGGAUGCACGGGAAUGUCAUCAAACCGUCAUUUGAGUUUCCUGUUUGAGAGACAGAACUUCGUGGGUGGUGUUUUAAUACUGUAACUGGUGUACUUGCAUUGACUUGGUUGAUGUUGUAGUUGUACUUAGAUUUUUUAAUACUCAAAGUCUAAGUACUCGAUACUCAAGAUAAAUAUAAAUGUUUUCAUCCAGGUCUGACACGUACAGCCAAUCAAUAAUCAUCAAUAAAUUACCAUGCUACGCUAGAUAGUGAUGAACAUAACCUGGAAACUAUUAGUAUAUUUAUGAAAAAAUGAAGUCGACGGGUGCCAAAGAGCAUCGGGGAUGUGUGCUCCUCAAACCUGAAGAAAAUGAAGAGAUUUUUCGAUUAAUUGGUAAUCGGUGUCAGUGCCUAGCAGCCGGAGUGAUUCAAUUAUAUUUAACGGAACCACCGGAGCAUCGAGAAUGGAUUAAAAAAAAUACUGGAAUAAUAACAUUGAUAAGGGAUAAUCCCAAGAGAAGUUAUUUUCUUCGGUUGUAUUGUCUGCAAAGAAAGGCCAUGCUCUGGGAACAAGAAUUGUACAAUUCAAUGGACUAUAAUGCCCCAUUGACAUAUUUUCAUACGUUUGAAGGAGAAGAAUGUAUGGCAGCAUUUAAUUUUGCUAAUGAAACCGAAGCUGUUAUAAUGAGGAAUAUUAUUUUGGAAAGACUUAAUAGCAAUAAACAGAGGAGGCAAGAGAGGAAAGCGAAAAUAGAAGUUGAUACUCAGCAAAAAAUAGUGACGUUGCCUAGAAGAAGUCCAAACAAUACGCAAAAUUUUUUUUCAUCAAAUACAAGUGUCAAUACCAUAAAUGGGUCGCCAUCUUCGGUGAGUAUCAACGGUGGAUUGUCAGGCAGUGCAAUGUAUUUAAGGAAAAACAAACGAGAAAAAGAUCACAAAAGAAAAUUAACUGUUGCUGAUAUCAGUCAGCCGUCGAAUUUCCGACACGUUGUGCAUUUAGGAAGCGAUACUAGUAGAUGUAUUGAUCCAGAUUCAAUAGAUCCGACAUUAAGACAAUUUUUUGAUGUAGCAGGUAUAACUCAACGACAAUUAACAAGUCGUGAAACCCGUGAUUUUAUUUAUGAUUUCAUCGGUAGUCACGGUGGAUUAACAGCUGUAAAAAAUGAAUUAGGUUUAACAAGUGCCCCAGUCACAUCAUCACACCCAGAUAAUAAUCAUCAUCCCCUACCUCCUCUUCCGCACCCAGUGUCCGACAAUCCGCCGCCAAUACCAGCGCGAACGGUGCCCGUUACAACGAGUCCUGGAAUAAAUAAUAAUCAAUCGCGAAGCACAAGACCAUUGCCACCAGCAAGAACAAACGUACCGCCACCCCCGCCAAGUGCUCCACCUGCACACAGGACACUGCCGUCGAGGCCACCACCGCCUGCAGGAUCACCCGCGUUGCCCCCGCCGCCUCCUGCGGUCCCACCUCCGCCACCUCGAAGCAGCUCCAAUAUAUCAAACGCAUCAAAUACUUCGAAUUCUUCAAUUAGUGCUCCAGCUCCUCCGCCUCCACCACCUCCACCUCCGCCUCUUCCGGACUUCAGUGCAGACAAUCCUACCGCAAACAAUGUAAACUCUUCUUUGUCUUCUUCUAAUAGUGGUAACAAUAACGGUGACGUUAAUGACUUGAGGCCAAAAUUAAUGGAUGCAAUAAGAAGUGGUACAACUCUUAAGAAAGUUGAUCAAACUGAAAAGAAGACAACUCCCGUUAUGGACUCGAGGAACGAUUUACUAAAUCAAAUAAGGCAAGGAGUCGAAUUGAAACCGGUGGUAAAUGAACCAAAACCAGCCUCGACAGGGAUUGCUCAAGGUGGACUAGCGUCAGCGCUGUCAGCAGCUCUUGCUGAACGUUCACGUUUACUCGGUUACACGGGUGAUAGUCAAGACUCGAGCAGUGGCACCAGUGACGAGGAUGAGUGGGACGAUUAGACUUGAAUAUUAAGUAUUUUAAAUGCCAACAAUUCUAUUCGAGUGAAGUGAAAAUUAUAGUGUGACUAAAUAUAUAUCGAUUUUGAUUAAUAUUAUCAAGGUUAAUAUCAUCAUCAUCGUCAUCAUCAUCAUCAUCAUCACGAUCAUCGUCAUCUCCAUUAUUACUAUCAUUAUUACACAUCUAUUUUUGGUAAGCGUGUAUUUAUUUAAUAAAUAUAUACAUAUAUAUUUAUAUUAUUAAUUUGCACGCUUCUGCCAAUCGCUCACGGUAUUAAGUUAUUAAUCGAUAAUAUAACGUGUGUUAAAUAAUUAUUUUUUUAGUUUAUCUAAAUAAUAUAUAGUUUCCAUGCCGUACUAUCCGGCCUAAUGUUAUUUAAAUCGUCAUAUCAUGCGUUUUAUUAACAUUUGAUUGCACAGAUCGUAUACAUAUGUAUAUAAAUAAUAAUAAUUGAUGAGUUAAUUACGCGCGUGUUAUUUUAACUAAAAUAAUUAAAUCUGUUUAAUUAAAAAUACGAUUAAAAUUUUUCGCUCCUCAAGAGAUCGAAAUAAAAAAUAGCGAAUAGGUCGGUCGUAAUUAAAUAACAAGAGUCGUACACAAAUAUAAGAGGUGAUUAUUAAAUUGUAUAAAGGGUAAACGUGUGUAAGAAAAGUUUUAUUAAAUAUAUAUAUAUAUAUUAUAUAAUAAAUUUAUAUAUUCACCACUAAGGAGAAAUCCUAGUCAAACAGCAAAAUCAGCUUGAUAAGAUAAUGUAAAUUAAUUAUUAAUUAUUAUUUUUUUUAUUUUAUAAUUCGAAAGAUUAAAGUAAUUGUCAUUUUACAACACAUACUUACAAGGAUUAAUAAUAAAAUCCAUGGUUAAGUAGAUAAUUUUUCAAUUAAAGGCAUUCUCAGAGUACCCCCCACUUUUAAGAAAUUUUUAAUGAGUCAGCUGUCAAUCGUAUGAAAAUUUUAUCAAUCAAUAAAAAAAAAAUUACAGUUGAUAUCAGUUGGGAGUUGAACGAAAUUUCAAAAAUAAAUUUUAGUAAAAUUCAAUUUUAUAAUUUGAAUUUUCAAAUUUUGUAGACUAAAAUUUAUUUAAAAAAUUCGUUAGACUUCUAAUUGAUGACAACUGUAAGUAAUUUUUUUUCAAUUAAGUUUCUAAUUUGAUUUUUUUAAUUAAUUAAUAAAAUUUUAAUACGCUUAUGAUAGUUGAUAUUGAAAAUUUUUAAAAAGUGGGGGGCACUGUUUGAGGAUGACCUUAAAUACAAGUAAGCACAAAUAUAGAAAACAAAAACGAAUUUCAAACAAAGUACUACGAUAUAAUUAAUUAGAAAUAGUUAAUUAAUUUAAAAAUAAAUUGCAGUUGCAACAAUAAAACUAACGACGCAGUCAAAUUAACCCGGGAGCAGGAUAGAAAAUUAAAUAAAAUUUUAAUUUAAAUUUAAAAAAAAUGUUUAAAGUGUUACUAAAAAAAGUAUUUAUGUAGAUUAGUUGAGAAAAGGAAAAUAAUUAAGAGAAAUCCGUUAUCUUAAAUCAAUAAUGUUGUAUUAUAAAUACAAAGUUUCUUCCAAUAGAAUAUUUUUUCAUUAUCUAAUAAACGAGUGCGAUAUUUAGAGGUUGAUUAAAUUAUAGUGAUAAUAAAAGUAAUAAAAUAAAAAAGAGAAUAAAAAUAAUAAUAACAAAUUGUUAUUAAAUAAUUUAAACAGUUGUCAUGUGUAAAGGAAAGUAUAUAUAUAAAUAUAAAUAUAUAUUAUUAUAAUUAUUAUUUAUUAAUCAAUUUUUUCAAAUUAGUCAGCAUUAAUUAUUGUACAUAGAUAUUAAUAAAAUAGAAUUAUUAAUUAUUUUGUUUAUUUUUUUUUUUCUUAAAAAGAAAAAAAAUAUCCGUGUAUGUUUUUUUUUAUUUUUAUUUCUGUGCUAGCCUGCGUUAUUUGUAAUUAUUAUUAGCUGAUUCGGAAUAAAAACAUAUGCGUACUUGAAGAAAAAAUAAUAAAAAUGAAAGAGAAAAUAAAAG